AUGGUGCACUCAAGCAUGCUCGCCUCCCUCGUAUGGGCCACGGGGCUCGGCCUCGUCUCGUCGUCCCCGACACCCAUGGUGCCCGUGCUGGAGACCCGCACGCUGCCCGGCCAGACCGUGUCGGACACCAUGAAGGGGCUCGCACGGGGCCUCAGCAAGGUGAGGGUCAAGGGCAGAGACAUAUCCUUCCAGAGCAACAAGACGGUUCUCGACACGAGUUGGAACGGAGCCGUCCUGUACAAAGACGCCACAAACGGGACCGUCAACGGCAAGGACGACAAGGCCGGCAAGUUCACGGCCGAGGUUGGCGUCGAGAUCCAGUGCAAGACAUGCUACCUCAAGGGCGCCGCAUCGGCCUCCUUCACCGUCAAGGGCAACGCCAGCGAGAUCUUCACGGCGUACAUCGACCAGGUGCAGGACGUGGCCGAGAACAUCACCGAGGGCGUGUUCGACCAGAUCGGCCUCGCGGCCAAGCAGACCUUUGGCAACAUCAUCAGCGACGGACUCGACAUUGACGACUUUGUCAUGCCCACGCUCAACGUCAGCCUCGACAUCGACCUGCCGCCGCUGCCGUCGGUGGACAUCAAGUUCGAGUUCGACGCCGGGCUGGAGCUGUACGUCGAGCUGGGCGUCAAGCUGCACGCCGGCGCCACGUACUCGCUCAACCUGUUCUCGUCCAACACGCCCAUCGGCGUGGCGCUGGGGCCCGACAUCUUGGCCGGCGUGGCCGUGACGGUCGACCUGAUCCUCGACAUCCAGGCCGCCAUCGAGAUCACCAGCGGCUUCCACCUCAAGGUCGACAAGCCGCUGGGCAUGGAGCUGACCAUGUUCAGCACCAACCUGUCGCACAUCGACUUCCCCGGCGGCCAGUUCGAGUUUCUGCCCGUCACGCUCGUGUCCGACUCUGCCGUGCUCAAGGGCGUGCUGCGCGUCGCCCUCAGGGCCGGCCUCGCCUACAAGACGCCCAAGCUCAACUCGGUCUUCAUCCCCGACAAGCUGGAGGAGAAGCUCACCUUUGGCGCCGGCGUCGCCGUGUCCGUCUUCGCCAACAUGGCCGAGUUCGUCACUAACGUGACGGGGCCGAGCAUCUCCACGUCCGACGACGCCGCCACCAAGCAAAAGUGCGACCUCGAGGUCGUCGAGGUGUACAAGUUCGCGCUCGGCAUCGCCGCCGGCGCCACCAUCAACGCCGGCACGCACACAUGGGGGCCGACGCCCAACACGUCCAUCGACAUCUUCUACAAGACCCUCGGCGCCAUCUGCGCAACCCGCGGCACGCCGGCCGCCUCGUCCGCCACCACCGACCUCGCCGUGCUCGUCGGCCGCCAGGCCCCGCUGACCACGACCACGCUCACGUCGACCGGCACCUUCACGGGGCAGACCUGCGCGUCCAGCGGGCUCGUCAACUGCCCCGCCUCCCUGCAAGCGUCGUCGACAUUCAAAUCAGUCUUCACCCUCGUCACCGCCGUGGCGCAGGGCGUAACCCCAACAUUCCCCGCAACGCAGAUCGCGUCGGUGGCCAGCGCGAUCCCGUUCGGGUCGGCCGCGAACGCCAUCAGUUCGGCCAUCGGCACGCCGACCGAGUUCGUCCCGCCCGUCGUCAACUCGGGCUUCCCCAACCUGCCCGACCCGAGCCAGAUUGCGGCGGACGUGCGCUCGUGGCUCGAGCGAGACACGAAUGGGGUUAGCAAUAAGAUUAUUCUCGGCGUGUCGGUCGGCCUCGGCGUGCCGGUCUUGAUUAUGCUGAUCUCGUGUCUGGUGUACGUGUUUAUCUCCCCUCUCUUUUCUCCUGAGGAAGUGAUGCUGACAGUCUGCAGAAUGUGCUGCCGCCGCCGCCGGUACAACCCCGUGCCGACCCAGCCGCCCGUCCCCAACCAGACCAUUAUCAACGUCGGCGCCCCCGCCGCCGUGCCCCCGCCCAUGCCCUACAAGCAGCCGCUCGUCUCGGCCCAGGAGCAACACAGCAACAGCAACAGCGACCACAACAGCUACUGA